GGGACUUGAUUCGUUCCAAAAAGCUGCUGCUGCUGCGUGCGUUCAGUGCCCUGCGCGCGCGGGAAUGAGCGGAGCGCGAGCCGGGGGUCUGAGUGCGGGUUACGGUGGGAGUUGUGGAGGAGGACGCGCCGGGGUCGCGGUUUGUCUCCAGCAGUGGGAUUAAAGAGUCUGGGAUUAUGCCACUUUACUGCUGGAUCAGGCGGAGGAGUGCUGUGCUGUUCUCUGUGCCUGACUGCUGCUGCUGCUCGCCCGCGAUACUUCCCUCCUAACAGCGCCUCACUGCUCAAGUCCAUGACCGGAGAGACAGCAGGACAGAGAGAUGGAAAGGGGUGGAGGAAUCAGGGGCUUUGCACUGCAGCAUCUGCCUACAGUAACCUGAGCUUCUGGAAGGUGAUGCUCUUGAUGUGUGUGUUUCUGCUGGGUCUUGUUGAUGGGUGGAUGCUUUCGGAGAACAGAGAGGAGUCUAGACCCACCACACUGAGGACCGAGACGAAAAUGCCCCAAAACCAACAGCACCAGCCGCAGUGGGAGAGCAAAGCUGCGUGGACUGAGCUUUAUGACCCAUCUUUGGCGGAGGAGGGUGAGGAGUAUAAAAGCAGAUGGCAGCGCUCUCCAGCAGGGACCACAAGUCCCGUGAAAAAACGUAAAGGCCGGAAGAACCGGAAGCGGCAGAGAGAAAACAAGGACUGCCGUUUGGAGAAGAAGCACUUGCGGGUUCGGGACCUGGGGCUGGGCUACGAUUCGGAUGAAAUCGUGAUGUUUAAAUACUGUGUGGGGACGUGCGAAAAAUCACGCAAGAACUAUGACCUGGCACUCGAAUAUAUAGUGGGCAAGGGUGGCAUCCCAGGACGCAAGGUCAGCACCCUGCCCUGCUGCAGGCCGACGCUAUUUGAGACCGUCUCCUUUAUGGAUGCUCGGACCCGCUGGCAGACCAUCAGAUGGCUUUCUGCAGCCAACUGCAGCUGUGUGGGAUGAUAGAGGCCGAGGAAGCAGCUGGAGAAAUGAAUCAAGAGCUCCUGGCCGUAGGGAGAGCGCGGUACGACUCCUGCCUCUUCUGUGGGACCACAGCUUGAGAGCUGCAGCGAGGGUUCGCCAGGACUGCGCAGUGAAACACCAAGAUACACCAGGUUGUAGAUGCAGCAGACCUCCAGCCAUGACUGUGGAGGAACAGCACCUGGGAGAUUACACACGGGGAGGCGUUUUCUGCUCUGGCUGCGGUGCCACCCUGCUGGAGCGAGGUUUACUACAACCAUCAGUGAAAGCUUUGGAAAUCCACAUACAUUCGCUCUCAGCCAAAAGAUACGUAACUUGCUGUGGAAGUGUGAACCCGGAGCAGCAGAUGUUUCUGGAGCCAGCUGUUACGGCUGUCUUAUGUGACGUGCAAUCAGAAGGUCAUGGCUUUAAAGCAAUAGUUUGAUUAUUUACACAACACAGAAAUGUAGUUAAUCAGCCAAGACAUGUUUGGUGGGUGAGGUGUGCUUCUUCUGUUACUCGGCUGAGAGAUUGGGAGGAACAAGGCACUGUAGAACUGAUUUUUAACAGGAGGAGUGAGAAUGACCUCUGAAUGCUCUUUAAAAUGCAGGGUAGGAGCAAGGCUCUGACAGCUGAGACCAUGUAACCAUGUUUUUAAUAUCUAUAGUUAUGAUUGGCAAUGAGAAAAACAAAGAAUGAGUAUCUUUUUUAAUAGCACGCUUUAGCUUUUGUAUAAACGCCAAAAUUUAACAAACUGUCUCAUAACCCAUACUUCAUCAUUAAAAGCAUUAAAUCUAGGAUUAAAGCCAGGUAGAGCUGUGCGAUAUUGCCCAAAAAAAAAUCUUUUUUUUUUUAAAAAAUCCGAUUUUCGAUUUAAAUCGAUUUUUUUCCCCUACUAAAAUCUCCUAAAAGUUGCUAGAAGUCACUAAAUGAUAUCAUCACCUAAUUUGCAUAAUACAUGUUUUUGAAGCUGUAAAGGAUUAACAUCGUGAGAGAGAAUAAAGUGAGUAAAAAACACUCUAAAUAUGUUAGAAAUGAUACAAAUAAACUUCAACAAAUGAACAACUUCUGUUGCUUUUAAAUAGGCAGUCACGUCUCAAAAAACGUUAUUUUUACGUAAAUUACAUAAAUAUUUUUUUUGCCGUGUUGUUAAAUGUUAUUAUAAGAGCAGUUUUUAAUUUAUUAAUUUUUUUUAACUUUCUUAAGUUUUCUUUUUUUUAAAACCUAUUAUAAACAAAUUGUUGAAUAGCUUUUUACAAAGAGGGAGACUGCGCGCGGGAGAGAAGGGCGGGGCUAAGCUCAGGGGAGCGUCGGUGGUGAAAAUUAAAACUCAGAGAAAAUCGUUUUUCACAAAAACACAUCGUCCUAAACUGUAAAUUCGAAUUAAUUAAUAAAAUCGAUUAAUCGCCCAGCUCUAGAGCCAGGGAUAAAGUACGUUUAGUGUGACUGUUAAGGCAUUUGCACACUGGACACACCACAUCAUGCAAUGUAGCACUGAAAUAAGACAAUUUGUUUAUAUUGCAAGCAUAAAGGUUGCCAUAUUGAAAGGAUGGCACAGAA